UGCUCAACGCUUUGCAGCCGCAGACUCUUUUACGGCUCAGCCUGAGCUUUUGCCUGAAGGGAACUGCCCCCAUCAGAGUUUGUAACAGCGAUGGAGUGCAUUCCAUGGACAGAGAACAUCAUUCUGCUUUCAGAACCUUAGCAGAGAUGUGCCUGCUGUGUGCCUGUGCGUGCGCACUUCCGCUGUCAAUGCAAAACAUGUUUUUGCUCGCCCAGGACAGCUACAAAGUCAGUCACUGGAAGCAGUACCCUCCAGGAACGCAGUAUGUCUACAGCUAUUUUGAGAGCCGCGGCUGUGACAACGCGGGAUGGAACGAGGUGGUCUUCUUCGGCCUCCAGUACUUUGUGAAGCGCUACCUCUUGGGCCAGGUGGUGACCAAGGAGAAGAUUGAUGAAGCCGCAGAGAUCUACUCGCAGCAUUUUGGCGAUGGAGUGAAUGACAAUCCAAGCAUGUUCUACCGCGAGGGCUGGGAGUACAUCCUGAAAGAACAUAGCGGCAGGUUGCCUGUGCACAUCCGGGCCGUGCCCGAAGGGAUGAUCGUGCCCACGAAGACUGUGCUCUUCACGCUGGUCAACACGGAUCCGAAGUGCUUCUGGCUGACCAACUUCCUGGAGACGCUGUUGGUCCAGGUGUGGUAUCCCAUGACAGUCGCCACCCAGAGCAGAUUCCAGAAGAUGUCGAUCGCCAAGUACAUGGAGGAGACUGGCAAUGAGGACUGGGCCGUACCUGCCGGCACAUCCUUCAAGCUGCACGACUUCGGGUUCCGGGGCGUGUCCUCCGUGGAGUCGGCAGCCAUCGGUGGCUGCGCGCACUUGAUUAACUUCCUCGGCACGGACACCGUGGCCGCCAUGAUCUGCGCCCGCGACUACUACGGCUCCAAGAAGGCGGCGGGUGGCUCUAUCCCUGCCUCGGAGCAUUCCACCAUCACCUCCUGGGGCGUGGAGGGGGAGUGCGACGCCAUGAGGAACAUGCUGGAGUCCUAUCCCGAGGGCCUGGUGGCUUGCGUGUCGGACUCCUUCGACAUUUGGCGGGCCUGCAAGGACUACUGGGGAGACAAGCUCAAGGACCUGAUCAAGGGCCGCAUCACGGACACCAAGUUCGGCCGCCUUGUGGUGCGACCGGACAGCGGCGAUCCCGCGGAGACCUGCUGCUCCAUUUUAAAGAUCCUGCUUGAGCAGUUCAAGGAAGACGUGACCACGACCAAGACAGGGCACAAGCUGCUCCCGCCUUACAUCCGCGUGAUCCAGGGAGACGGCGUUGAUUGGGAGUCCAUUCCCAAGAUUCUGGAGAAGCUGAAGAAGGAGGGCAUUGCCGCGGAGAACAUCGGCUUCGGCAGCGGAGGGGCCUUGCUCCAGAAGCUGAACCGGGACACCUUCAAGUGUGCCUUCAAGUGCUCCGACAUCAUUAUCAACGGAGAGAGCCGCGACGUGUUCAAGGAUCCCAUCACAGACAAGGGCAAGGCAUCCAAGAAAGGUCGCCUCACCCUUCAGCUGGCCCACGAAACCACUGGCUUCAGCGAUGCGGACAAGUACAAGCCCCGCUCCGACGCAAACCCAGUGCCUGGUGGCACUGGCUUCCUGCACUACAGCACGGAUGGCAAGUAUGUCACGGUGGCCAGCGGCAAGGGAGACCCGGCCAAGGACAUCUUGCAAGACGUCUUCAAGGAUGGAGUCCUCCUUUCUGACUACAAGCUGGACGACAUUAGGGCCAAGGCUGACAUCAAGAACGGACCUUUUGGAGGUGGCACUGCCUGAAGUGUGGUGCAAUCGGUUUUCCACGCCCAUCUUUUGCUUCGGUCGGAGUGGCAACAAAAUCGUUCGCAACUCUUUUCGGCCUGUGCACUGGGCAAUCUCUAGACUGCCUCAGGAAGCGCCGCGAGGUCAUUGUCAUAGCACAGCUUCCAC